AUGGUGAAGGGAGCCACUAGGUUGGGAGUUGGGUCUUGGAACAUAGGAACUUUGACUGUGAAGUCUAUAGAGUUAGCGAAGAUUCCAUGGAAGAGGAAGAUUAAAAUAGCUUGUGUACAAAAGACUAAAUGGGUAGGAUAUAGGGCACGAGAUGCGGAUGGGUUUAAACUAUGGUUUUCUAGGAGCAAGGGGGGGCAGGAACGAGAAUCAGUGGGUACGCACCCUAGACAGGCUUGGAUGAGGAGGUCAAGAGGUAUUUCUAGGAGGAUUUGGAUGAGAUGGUGCGCGAGGGUGGAACAUUUGGUCACCUUCUGGAGCUCGGUGGCCAAGACCCAGAUUUACUAUAUACCCUGCAGGAGAUCCAAUAAAGGUCUUUUCAUGGAUUUCAAGGUCAUCCCCAGUGAGAACCUCACGACCCUUCAUAAACUCCUGGUGAUGGAUCUCGAGAUCACGAGGAAAAAGAGGACGAGGGUGUUAUAUGGCCAAGCUAAGAUCAAAUGGGAAUCCUUGACUAAAGACAAAGCAUGGGAGUUGGGGGUUAAGUUGUUGACGAUGGUAGCUUGGAGGAGUAGUGAAGAUGCGAGCCUGAUGUGGACCAUGACGGCACAGUGCAUUAAGGAAGCUGCCAGAGAGGUAUUAGGGGUCUCGAAGGGUUACUAUGGUGGUCGCAACGGAGACUUAUGGUAG